AUGGUGUAUCCCAUAAGCGAGGGCUCUCCUACCACCCUCAAACGAGUGGUCAAGCGGAGGACCGCCUUCAAGACUCCUAUAGGGACCACUCCCUAUAAACUUGUUUAUGGGAAGAAUUGCCAUUUACCCGUAGAAAUGGAACACCGAACGCAUUGGGAAAUCAAGCGAAUCAACUUUGAUCUCCAUAGUGCUUGUGAACAAAGGCUUCUAGAGCUUCAUGAGUUGGAAGAGUUGAGAAUGAACGCAUAUGAUAGCGCAAGCCUCUACAAAGCAAGAACCAAGGCGUGGCACGACGCUCAAAUUUCCAAGAAGGAAUUUGUGGAAGGACAAAAAGUCUUACUUUACAAUUCAAGACUCAAGCUCUUCCCCGGGAAAUUGAGGUCUAGAUGGAGUGGGCCAUUUCAAGUUUCCAAAGCCUUUCCUUAUGGCUCGGUUGAGAUAUUCAAUGACAAGUACCCUCCGUUCAAAGUGAAUGGGCACCGUCUCAAGCCAUACUAUGAGGGUCAACUAAUUGAGAAGCCAGAGCAUUUAUCUCUCAUUGAUGUUUUUAAGUCGCCGUGA